AUGCGCAAGGGGGGCAGCGACGAUCGGCCUACUUGGACAGGCCUCGAGGGUCUUUCUACCCGCCCCCGCCUGCGACUUGAUGCCGGAACACCUUGGGUUACCAACAAAGCUUGCAGCGGUCCCGGCAUGAAGUUCGCCCUGUGGUUAUCAGCCUUGCUGGCGGCCGUGAUCCCCACGGUCCAAGCAGCCAGCGCUGCCGAACUGCAACAGAUUGUCUCGGUUAUGCCGGCAUGCGGAUUGCUCUGUCUCGAGAAGAACAUCGCCGCAUCGCCUUGCGGACUGACAGAUACCGAAUGCAGCUGCUCCAACUCGACCCUGAACGCUCAAAUAGAGCUUUGCGUCGUAUCGUCCUGCAAAGUCAAGCAGCAAUUGGCAACAAAGAAUGCCACCCAGACUUUGUGUGGCGCGCCAAUUCGGGACAGAACAAGCUCCGUGUCUGUUUCUGGCAUUGUUGGGGGUAUUUGUGCGUUGCUCGCCUAUAUCCUUCGCAUGAUCUCUCGACUCCCUCAAUUUGGCGGCGUCAUGGGCUGGGAUGACGCCAUGAUGACUGUGGUCGUCCUUUUGGUCGCGCCACUCACUUGCCUUUCGGUCGUCUUGGCAAACCUGGGACUGGGUAAAGAUAUUUGGACAUUACCAUUCGAAAACAUUACCCACAUCCUCUACAUCUACUACUUUGACGAGGAUCUGUAUCUCUCUGCACUUCCGUUGCUGAAGAUUUCCAUCCUGCUCUUCUAUCUGCGAAUCUUCCCAGAAAAAGGCUUUCGCAAAAUGGUAUUCGUGACCAUUGGGCUCUGCGCUGGAUAUUGUAUCGCCUUCGUACUGGUCUCCGUCUUUCAAUGCCGCCCGAUACGGUAUGCCUGGCUCCAGUGGGAUGACGAACAUAAAGGAUCGUGCAACAACAUCAACGCUCAGGGAUGGUCCAGCGCAGCGAUCAAUGUUGUUCUGGACAUUAUUGUCAUCUUUCUUCCAUUGCCCCAGCUAUGGAAGUUGCAGCUGAACAAGCGUAAAAAGUUCCUGCUGCUUCUUAUGUUCUCUGUCGGCUUCUUCGUUACCAUCGUCAGUGUCCUCCGCCUCCAGGUUCUCAUUCAGUUCGGCAGCACGCAGAAUUUGACGUGGGACUACACUGCCGUUGGCUAUUGGUCAACCAUUGAGAUCCACGUGGGAAUGAUAUGUGCAUGCAUGCCGGCCAUACGCGCGCUCCUCAUGCAAUGGAUGCCCAAGAUCAUGGGUCAAACAACCAAAGACAAGUCCUACGGUGCAACAUCAUCAGCCAUCAGUAACAAGUUCGGUGGCAGCAAUGCCAUAGCGAAAGGCAGUCAGCUCUCAAGUCGACCAAAAGGCGAAGAUGAUGGCGACUUCAUUCCGCUAGUCGACGUCGAGAGUCAGGCGGGCACAUCCGUCCACGGCGGACAAAGUCUGCCGCCCACCAGAGCCGGGUACCAUGCAACGUAG